GGUAGGGGGGGAGAGGGACUGAGCCUGCAUAAAUCGUCAGCGAAUAGGCCGCCCGCACGACUUCUCUUCCCAAUUCCCAUAGAUCGAUCGCCGACCCCUCGAGCAACGCGAUCGCCCGCCGACCCGACGGCGGCAUGGACACCGAGUCCUUGCAGCAGGGGAGCUCCUCGUCGUGGCACACGACGGGCGCCGUGUCGUGUGGAGCCGCGCAGCAGCAGAAGCGCCAGCGGUGCCAGGGUUCUUCCAGCGAUCAAGCUGGUUCCAGCUCAAGUAGUUCUCUGCAAAUAUCAGAACCAGAACCCCAACAAAUCCAAGAAGAAGAGGAUUACUAUAUGGAGGAUGAUUGUGAUGAUGAUUUUGAUGGCUACGACGAAGAUGAUUAUGACUUCGAUGAAGCUGACUUUAACCAGCACCUUGCUGAUAAAUUUGAUGAUUUGGAUCUUCCUCCAGGCGUGGAGGCCACCGUACCUUGGUUGCAGAAAACUACACCCAAGGAAGAUGUCAAAGAGCCACCUAAAUCAAAUACUGCAGAUGAGAAUGCAAAUAAAUAUACGCAGUUCAAGCAGUUUGAUACUGUUCAGAAUUUCUCUGACCAUUACUACGCUAAGAAUUCUCAUGGAGAGCCAAACAGAGCCUGGUCAAAGAGAGUUCAACAUGACUGGAAACUUCUGGAGAAGGAUCUACCAGGGCCAUGUCUACUGCUGUAAGAAGGUACAAAUCAUCCUGAAUGGUCUGGACAGUGUUUCCCUGGCGUAUAUUUUUGUCCGGGUUGCUGAAGAUAGAAUGGACCUUCUUAGGGCUGCGAUUAUUGGGCCCAAGGGAACACCUUACCAUGAUGGGCUUUUCUUCUUUGAUAUUCACAUUCCCUCUGCUUAUCCUUGUGCUCCCCCGCUGGUAUAUUACCACUCUGGAGGACUUCGGAUUAAUCCAAACUUGUAUAACAAUGGGAAAGUGUGUCUUAGCCUGUUGGGUACCUGGGAUGGUAGAGGUUGUGAGAAGUGGAAUCCAGCUCAAUCGACAAUGCUGCAAGUUCUUGUCUCCAUUCAAGCUCUGAUUUUGAAUGACAAGCCAUAUUACAACGAGCCAGGAUAUGAGUCCUAUGCCAACACUCCGAAUGGAGAGCGGUUGGCUUUGGACUAUAAUGACAACACCUUUCUGCACUCAUGCAAGACUAUGUUAUACUCACUUCGGAGGCCUCCAGAGCACUUUGCAGAUCUUGUCGCUGGCCACUUUCGGGUGCAUGGGCACACGAUUCUCGCGGCAUGCAAGCACUACAUGGCGGGUAAUGAUAUUGGGUCAGUGGUGCCAGAGGAGGAGGAGGAGGAGGAGGAGGAAGAGUCAUCAGAACACAAGAGCGGUGAUGCUGGAGCAUCGGGUAGUGCACCAGAGCUAGGAGUGAUCAAGGCAAUCCCUACGAAGAGACGCAGCUCAUUCAAUCCAAGCUUGAAGGUGCUGUACGAAGAUCUGCUGAUGGAAUUCAAUGUGAAGGGUGCCGACACAAGGAAAUUCAUCGAUGAGAAGUUGAAGAAGAACAAACCUGCAGCCGCCUGAGGAACAUGCUUGCAGGCAAAGCUUUUGUAGGUAUAACUGGUCUUGGUGGUGAUAUCUAGGACCUGGAACUUGCUUGCUCACAUGUAGUAGAGAGUAUGGUUUAGGGGUGGAGUGCUGAGAGAGUUCUCUCUCGGCACUAUUUAUCGCCAAUCUAAAUCUAAUGAUAGGUUUACCGCAUCAUAAAUAUAUAUGUAACGGCUAUAUCGUCUUUCGCUGAUUGUUCUGGCAUAUCAUGAUAGGUUUACCCAAGGACGAAAGCUAAGUACCAAUUGGUUUGGAACUGUAUUACGGUCUACUUGUUUUUAUAUAUUUGACGCCAUAUAGUUCAAUUCUA